GGAGCCCCAGGGGCCCCAAGCUCGGCUCCCCACCCUGAAGACAAGCAGAGCCUUAAAAUACAUAUGGGAGGCCGCUAUUGCUCACCAUUACCAAGAGAGUCUUACCCCCGCAGGACCGAAGAAGGAUAUAAGAUCGAGCAAAUAUCGUGCCGAUAUAUGAAAAGUUAACUUAGCGCCAGAGCUGAGCGCGUGGGGGACGAGGGGCUCAGUAUAAAGACAGCACGGGGGCACCCAAACACGAUAGGUCUGUUCGUGCUUCUAGAUAUAUUACAAAAAGCGUGCCGAAUGAUUUUAAAGAAAUACCUUGCCUCCCUAGUCUAUUAGGGCGAACUGAAGGCAUUCGUGAAAAUUGUAACGUUGGCGAGUAGGCUAAUGGAAGAGAACGAGACGGGUAAGAGCGAGCCCGUGGUCCUCCGGUGUGCUGAGCCGACAGAUUCUCUCUCAUUAAUAAUAAGCGGAGAGGAGGAAGCAACGCAAGAGCCGAGUGACUUGGGACACUGUUCGGGAGAGGAGGACGGCCUGACCAAUGGCCACGUGGGUGACGGUGGCCCGGAGGAGAUGGCCACUCCGCUUUGCUCACCGGGCACCAGCUACUGGAGCGUCACAGAGGGUCCCGACUCGCCCUUCCUGCUGUCCCCUGUCCCGGGCCCCCCGGGACGCAAGGAGAAGGUCCAGUGCGCCUCGCGGCCGGGCCUCAGCCGAAUCCCCGGCCGAGACCACCGGCGCUAUUACCACGAGUACUGGCGCAGCGAGUUCCUGAUGGACUUCGAUCCUCGCCGCCACGGCAUGAUCUGCAUGGUGUGCGGGAGCUCCCUGGCCACGCUCAAGCUGAGCACCAUCAAGAGGCACAUCCGGCAGAAGCACCCGGACUCGCUGCUGUGGAGCGCGGCCGACAAGGAGGUGAUCCGCUCAGGCUGGGAGAGCCACCUGAGCCUGGAGGGGGGCCAGGGGCUUCCGUCUCCCCCCGGAGUGGCGGUCGCCGUCUCCCAGGGUUGCGAGGAGGAUCUGCUGGACUGUGCACGUCGAUCCACCGGAAAACCAGGCGGUAUAGUGACCCCAAAACUCCAGCCCCAGUCCCCAACCCCAUCCCCCCCUCCGUCCGCCGUCCGCAACCAACAGGAUGAGCUGCCCGGACCCCUGGCCCGGACCCUGGAGCGCUACCUGAACGACUCGCUCCACGCCUGGUUCCGACAGGAGUUCCUCAUGGAGUACCAGGCGGAGGCCGGCAGGCUGGUGUGCAUGGUGUGUGGCCGCCCACUGCCCUCCCUUCACCUGGACCACAUCAAGAGCCACGUGCUGGACAUCCACCCCCAGUCCUUGGUCUACAGCUCGGAGGAGAAGCACUGCAUCCUUCAGACCUGGGCCCAAACGCACGAGGCCGACCCCCUGAACGACUUCAUCAAGUCAGAGCCGCACGCCAAAGUGGAGAGCGACGCCGGAGUGGACUUCUUCCCAGACGACCUGGAAACCAUCCAGAUCGGCUCAGACACCUACGCGGAGGACAACGGUGAGCCGCCGUCACCGUCACGGGACGCGGCUGGCGACGGCGGUGACGUGGGCGGAGCUCCGGAGGUGACCGCUCCCGGGCCCCCUGCCCGCCUCCGCCAGCCCAGGAAGAGGCGCCUCCGGGGGGGCUUCCCGUGGCGGCUGCGCCUGGACUACCUGGUGGCCUAUGGGCCCCAGGGGCGCGGCACCUUCUGCAUGGUGUGCUCCCAGGUGCUGCCCGUGUCCAAGGUGAGCAACUUCCGCCGCCACAUCCAGGAGUGCCACCCCGAGACAAUCAGCCUAGCCCGAGAGGAGAGGGAAGCCAUGGCCAAGGCGUGGACCAAAGAGGCCCCGACAGAGGACCCCCCGGGCGUGCACGUGAAAGAAGAGGAGGCCCUGAGUGAUGUCAUCAGCCUCCCCGCGGCGAGAGAGACAGGCGAACAGGCCCCACCCGACGACGGCACGCACCACCGUGCCGCCAAGGCCAUCAAGAGGGAGGAGGGCAUCGGCGCGACGCCUUCGGCCCCGGGGCGCCACGGUCACUAUCCGGGGAAGGACCAGAGGCGGAAUUACCAGGUGCGCUGGCGGAUGGAGUUCCUGAUGGACUACGACUGCCGCCGGCACGGUCUGAUCUGCAUGGUGUGCGGCGCGACCCUGGCCACGCUCAAGGUGAGCACCAUCAAGAGGCACAUCCAGCAGGUCCACCCCCACUCCCUGAAGUAUGGCCCCGAUCUCAGGCAACAAGCCCUGCUCAGCUACAACCAGACGGCCCUGCACUUCGUCCACUCGGACGACUGUUUCUCCUCGCAGGACCACGGAUGCACAGCCCUCGGGCAGACAGACGCCGGCCUCUUCGUCAACUAGGCCUUUUCGUCAACUUCGCCUUUCAAGCCUCUCUUUCUCAGGUAGUUAGGAACAUGAGGCUUGGUAGAGGCCUGAUACAAGUGGCACGGUUGACGGUUAACGUGUCAGCGUGCGUACAAAAUAGCACUUUCUCUCCCAAAAAUAUAGUACAACCUGGCUUUGGUUGUGUGGGGGGUUGAACGAGGGGGUGUUAGAGGUGUUCUGCUAAAGGCAAUGAACAACACUACUUUACUGUCGUCGGCGAGUCUGUCAUUUUAAAUCCCGUUAUUUCAAAAGGAAGUUCCUUGUUUACAGUGAGGAAAAUGGGUCUCCUACCGAGAUGUUUCUCAUUCUUUUGUGAGAAGAUCUUCCAGGUCUUUUCCAGUGUUAUGCUGGCCUGCACCUAUAUCUGUGUCUCACGAGUCUUCUUAGCAAAAAGCUGCACAAUUUCUUUUUAUGUAAAUAGUGUUGACUAUUUGAAUUAUUAUUGACUGUUUUUACAAGCACUUUUACACAUGGUUUUUACAAAAGGAUUUGUAAUUACGGCCAUUUAAAAAAAAAAAAAAUCAUGUAUAAAAUGGAAAAAAAACAACGGUAAUGUCUUUGCAUGGGAAUUCUAAAGUCAUGCAUGAUUGUGGAGGGUAUGCAUUCAAUGGCUGAAGCACUUACUUUAGAGAGCAUUUCUAGCUUUAUUUAUACGAUUUAAAAUGCAAGGUUUCCAUUUCAACAACUCACAUAUGACAAGUUUUAUGCAAAAGUGAUUAUUGCCAAAACAUUUCUAAAAUGAGAACAAUGUCAGGAAAAAACAAUAUUGGCCUCCUUUGAAAUGCCCACUCUCUAGCCCUUAUUUUAGUGACCUGUGAGAUACAGCUCCACAAGGAAAAAGCACAACUCAGGGAUUUUCGGUUUUCCAUCUGUGCUCGCUCUUUUGCUGGCUUGUUAGUGUGUCAUAAUUAGUACAUACACCGACUGUCAUUACUUUUAAUAGUUUGUUCAGCAGUUGAAUUGGUCCCAUGGGAUUCAGACAUUGGCAGCAGUUGUCUUUCAGUGCAAAGCCAGCGCAACAGGCAACAAUAGAUACACAAACAGACACACGGCAGAACGAAGACAGUUCACAUCCCUGGGACAAAUGGACUGCAAAUGGACUCACUCAAACAACGAGAUGGAAGGAUUUGUCAUAUUGGCGUGUGGAGAGAAGAGCCACUGGUGUUGAAUACCAAAUCACCUCACACUCCUCAUCUGACCUAAGAUGCCAGUGUUGGUGGCUUUUGCCGUGUGCAAAUUUUUUUACUGUCGAAUCCUUGUUUCCAUGUCCUCUCCUGUGUUCCUCUCAAAGCGCGUUGCAGGUCUAAAUCUGGAUCCUCUCCUCUAAGGCACAUUGGGAGCCUUUGAGGAAACAAGAACGAGGCGAGGAUUUGACAGAUUGUUCAGACACGGCCUUGGAUGGUGCACUGGUUAUUUUUGCCUGCAGGGGAUGGACAGUUACUUGGCUUAAAGCCAUGUUGGCCCCUAGCAGCCAUAUUGGCUCCUUGCAGCCAUGUUGGCUCCUUGCAGCCAUGUUGGCCCCUAGCAGCCAUUUAAUCGGGUUGUUAAAAGCUUUGUUUGACUCAGCACUUAUUAUUUAAAGACAAUACGGAGGAGUGAUUGAAUUAAUCUGAAUACACUUUGUUUCAUGCAAUGAUUUACAUGUAUGUUUUUGUCUGUGCAUAUAGGGGGCACGUUAAAACGACCUUUCCGAUGGUACUUGGUUUGCUUGGGUGAGGACACAAGCACUGAUCUAUAUUUUAUUUUUUUAAAGGGACUCCCUUUUGCCUUGCCUUCAUAUUUCUUCCGUUUCAUGUAUCCACUCUGCAUUGCAUUUUGUCCUCGAUGGUCCUUGUAAUAAAGUAUCAGAAUAAUGUU